CCGGCCAGCGCCGCCAUCUCCCAGCGCCGGCCAUCGGAGCCGCGGCCGCCUCGCGUCCAGGGAGCCGCCGGCGGGAGGAGAAGCCGUCCCGCCGCCAUGGACAGCCCCGGCGGCGUCACCGACAAGAAGAGGAUUAGCUCUGAACGCAGGAAAGAGAAGUCGAGGGAUGCAGCCCGGUGCCGGAGGAGCAAGGAGUCCGAGGUGUUCUAUGAGCUGGCCCACCAGCUGCCCCUGCCCCACACCGUGAGCGCACACCUGGACAAGGCGUCCAUCAUGAGGCUGACCAUCAGCUACCUGCGCAUGAGGAAGCUGCUGGACGCUGGUGAGCUGGAGACAGAAGCCAAAAUGGAGAAGGAACUGAACUGUUUCUACUUGAAAGCUCUCGAUGGCUUUGUCAUGGUUCUGUCUGAAGAUGGGGACAUGAUUUACAUGUCUGAAAACGUGAACAAGUGCAUGGGACUCACUCAGUUUGAGUUGACGGGGCACAGUGUAUUUGAUUUCACUCAUCCCUGUGACCACGAGGAGCUGAGAGAAAUGCUUACACACAGAAAUGGUCCUGUGAAAAAGGGCAAAGAGCAAAACACGGAGCGCAGCUUUUUUCUCAGAAUGAAGUGUACACUGACUAGCAGGGGAAGAACAGUGAAUAUAAAGUCUGCUACAUGGAAGGUGCUGCACUGCACCGGCCACAUCCGUGUGUACGACACGUGCGGGAACCAGACGCACUGCGGGUACAAAAAGCCUCCCAUGACCUGCCUGGUGUUGAUCUGUGAACCUAUUCCUCACCCCUCCAACAUUGAGGUCCCCCUGGACAGUAAAACCUUCCUCAGUCGUCACAGUCUCGAUAUGAAAUUUUCCUAUUGUGAUGAAAGAAUUACAGAGUUGAUGGGGUACGAGCCAGAGGAGCUCCUGGGUCGCUCAAUCUAUGAGUACUAUCACGCACUGGAUUCUGAUCAUCUGACCAAAACACACCACGACAUGUUCACAAAAGGGCAGGUGACGACAGGACAGUACAGAAUGCUGGCCAAACAAGGUGGCUAUGUCUGGGUUGAAACUCAAGCAACUGUUAUAUACAACACUAAGAAUUCUCAGCCACAGUGCAUAGUGUGUGUGAACUAUGUAUUGAGUGGAAUUGUUCAGAAGGACUUAAUUUUUUCUCUUGGACAAACUGAGUGUAUGCUGAAACCAGUGGAGUCCCCUGACAUGAAAAUGACCAAAAUAUUCAGUAAAGAUGACCUGGAUGAUACCAACAGCCUAUUUGAAAAACUAAAACAGGAACCAGAUGCUUUAACUGUGCUGGCCCCAGCUGCUGGAGACACAAUUAUCUCUCUAGAUUUCAGCAGUAAUGAGUCUGAUGAACAACAAUGUGAUGAAGUUCCUUUGUAUAAUGAUGUAAUGCUCCCCUCAUCCAGUGAGAAAUUGCAGAAUAUAAAUAUGGCAAUGUCCCCACUACCUGCCUCUGAAACUACAAAGCCACUUCGUAGCAAUGCUGAUCCUGCACUCAAUAGAGAAGUCGUAUCAAAGCUGGAGCCAAACACAGAGCCACUCGAACUUUCUUUUACCAUGCCUCAGGUGCAAGAGCAACCAACCAGCCCUUCUGAUGCAAGUACCAGCCAAAGUUCACCUGAGCCCAGUAGUCCCAAUGAUUACUGCUUUGAUGUGGAUAAUGAUAUGGCCAGUGAAUUCAAACUGGAAUUAGUGGAGAAACUCUUUGCCAUAGAUACAGAAGCAAAAAAUCCAUUCUCUACUCAGGAAACCGAUUUAGAUUUAGAGAUGUUGGCUCCUUACAUCCCGAUGGAUGACGACUUCCAGCUGCGCUCCUUCGAUCAGCUGUCCCCUCUGGAAAGCAGCUCCCCCAGCUCUCAGAGUGCAGCCACCAUCACCAUAUUCCAGCAGAGCCAGCCGGCAGUGGGCGGCACGGAGGAGGCGAAGCCGGCGGAGCGCGCCGACGACGUGAAGACGAUGAUUGUCCCCUCGUCGCCCGUGCGCGGGCUGGCCGAGUCCAGCAGUGCCCCCGCCUCGCCCUACGGCGGGAGCACGAGUCGGACUGCCUCUCCCAUCAGAGCAGGGAAAGGAGCGGUGGAGCAGGUGGAAAAGCCUUCUCCAGGAGCGCCCAGCUUGCUAACAGUCACUCUGAAUAAAAGAUCUUCUGCACUGGAUGAAGAACUAAAUCCAAAGAUGCUAGCUUUGCAUAAUGCUCAGAGAAAACGAAAAAUGGAACAUGAUGGUUCACUUUUUCAGGCAGUUGGAAUUGGGUCUUUAUUCCAACAGACAGGUGACCGUGGAGGAAAUGCAUCACUUGCUUGGAAACGUGUAAAGGGAUGCAAAACAAAUGGUCACAGUGGAGUGGAGCAAAAGACAAUCAUUCUACUAUCAACUGACAUAGCGAGUAAACUUCUAGGGCAGUCGAUGGAUGAGAGUGGACUCCCCCAACUCACGAGUUACGACUGCGAAGUAAACGCUCCCAUACAAGGCAACAGAAACCUGCUACAGGGGGAAGAACUGCUCAGAGCUCUGGAUCAAGUUAACUGAGCUUUCACAAAACUUGCUCCUUUUUUGGACACUGGUGAAUCAUCACCUAAAGCAGUCUAUUUAUAUUUUCUAUAUCUGAUUUUAGAAGCCUGGCUACAGUACUGCACUAAUUCAGUUAGUUCAGUUUUGAUCCCCUUUCUACUUAUUUUGACAGCCUUUUUAAUAUGUUCUUUAUGUAACAAUAACUCAAACUCUAGUGCAUUUUUAUAAUUCUUUGGUACAUACACUUUUAAGUCCAUUACAUUUAAAACACACUUGCAAUAGCAGCUUUGAAAUAUGCACCUGAUUUAAAAAAAAAAAUAUUUAUUUUUUGGCUGGGGAGUUGGUCACCAAACUUAUCAUUAGUAAAAUGUCAACACAGGAAAAACUGGCAAUACUUCCAUCCUGCUUUUCAUAGGUAGUUGGAAGACUUGUGCUCUCUUACUCUUUAUGUUCAAGUAAGUUUUUUUAUGUUAAUAGUUUUUAUAAGAAACAACAAUGCUUUGCAGCGGUGCAUUGUAGCCACAAUCGCACAAUAUAUUUUCUUAAAAAAUACCAGCAGUUCCUCAUGCAAUAUAUUCUGCGUUUAUAAAAACUAGUUUUUAAGAAGAAUCUUUUGUUUGCCUAUGAAAACGUGUUUAAACCUGGAUUAUGUCAUUAUUUUAGUCACGUUGUAAUAUAAAUUGUUCUUAAAUGCUGUCUUAUGCUUUUGACUUCAGUGGGUGUGGUUAGUCAAAGGAAAGGCUUUAUCUGGAAAGGGCUAGCAGCAUUUUUUUUGGAUACGUUCUCAAUUUAGAGAAAGUUUGAUGUUAAAGUAGUCACUUUGCCAGCUUAAAAAAAAAAAAAAAAUCCCUGCCUGUAGUUGUUGAAGUUAAUGCUAAUAUUGUGUAUGAUCUUAAAUCUAAAUGUUCAGCUUACCCUGUGUGGUAUAGGUGAUAUUUCAAGCAGAUUGUAAAACAUCUUGCAUUGUUAGCAAACUUUUAUCUAGUACAUCAUUGAGUUGCUCAAUAUUUUGAUGUUUUGGUUUUAUGCACCUUGUUGCUAUUAACAUCCAUAUGUUUUCAUGUAGAUUUCAAUAACUUGAAUAUAUUUAGAAGCCUUUUUAUUUAGAACUAUAUAGUUGUCACAAACAUCUUAUUUUCCUAUAUGUACUGUACAAAACCUUCAUUCACUCAUUCUUUUUGCUCUUUGUGGUUGGAUCUAACACUAACUGUAUUGUUUUCUUACAUCAAUAAACUAUAUGUGGACCAGGCCCCCUUGGGGAGUGUGUUAUCUGAGAGAAAUGAGAUAAUUUAUAUUUUUGUUAGUGGUUAUUGUUCAUCCGUGUUCCCUUCUUAACUUAGAGUUGAUUGGAAAUCACUGCUUCCUUAUUUUGGUUGUAACAUCUCUGCAUUAAUUAUUUGAGCCUGUUCAGUACUGAAGUCUCCCAGACAGUGUUGUAGUACCACUCGCCAAAGACGUUAUUACACUUCUCAACCUGUAAUCACAUCAGUGAGCAAACCUGGCAGCGAGGAAGGCAGCAUUUUUGUUUUACAUUAGAGCAGAAAGAAUUCAUCUUUAUGAACAGCUUAAAGGCUUGUCUCUGGAAGCUUUAUCAAGGUAACACAGGAAAGCAGGAAUAGGAAAAAGUCACAGGAGUGAUUGAUCUGAGAUGGAUUUCUAUCACAAAACUCCAUGGUUAAAAAAUUAAGCUGGUACUUGAUGAAACUUGUUCCACAUUUUGAGCCAGUGACUUUCCACAUUUUGCUGUCAUGAAACACAGUGCUACUGGUAACCCUUUGUUGUGUAAAUAUGGCCAAGAUCUUCUCUGCAUUCUCCAAAACUUCUCUCAAUAUAAGUAAUCAAUCGUGGAGUGUCACAGGAGUUACUUUGGUUUUAUGUUGUAAACUUUUUGGUUUCUUUGCACUGUUUUGAAAUCAGUCAUAGUACAUAAGUGUAACCUGUUCUCUAAAACUACUGUUUCACUGAAAGGAGCACUUUCCAAAACUGCCACAGCUCUAUUAAAUUAAAAGGACACUAUUAACAAAAACUGAUUAGGCACUGCUGCCAGUUGCACACUUGUUAAAGUUUUGAGUAGAAGUCGCACAGACAGAAGGUAUAUAGGGGCAGUCAGCUGCAGCUGAAGCUUCAUGCAGAGAACAUUUUCACUAGUGAACACUUUUAAUGCAUUUUUAAUGGCUAAAAGCAGCAGAACUCCUCCCUGCCUGCUGUGUCUGGGCUGGCAUUCUCUCUAUGACAUUUCUUUUUCUGUCAGCAGCUAGGAGGUUUAAAUAGUGAAGUUGGGUUAAGCCCCUGCUGUUUAGGGCAUCCCUCCUGCUUUAGCUCUGCAUGGAUUGAUGUGGUGCUUCUGUGAGAGUCUUGCAGACAGGUGAAAAGUGCAGCUGGGUUCUAUUUGUGUACUGCCCCACCAAACUUUGAGCUGGCCUGGGGGGAAUUAUCCCUUUGCACUCCCAAGAGACAGGUCAGAGGUGUUCUGCUGCUCCUUGGUCGUGUUUUGGAGGAGCCUGACCUGUUUGGAUCUGUCAAGACCUCUUCAGUGCACCAAGAGGGCACAAAGCUUUCAGACUAUAAUCUGUGUUAAAAAGAGAAGGGAAACUGAAGAGAUCCAUAUGAUUUAUGGUCAUGAGCCUGCUGGAGUCAGAGAGUGGCUUGGGUUGGAAGGGAUUUUAGAGAUCAUUUUGUUCCCACACCCCUGUCAUGGGCAGGGACCCGUUCCAUGAGAUCAGGUUGCUCAGAGCCCCGUCCACCCUGUCCUUGAUCAUCUCUGAUCUUAGUGACAGCAGCUGUGGAUUUAACUGAGACAUGUUUCAUCUAAAAAUCUCAAUUCUAACAUUUUUUACUCUGCAUGAUAAUAACAUUUUGAUUGCUGUGAUGAACUGCAGUAGAUGUUUCGGUUUACUGUAGGGGAAAAAUAACCUAACAAAAGCCCCCCAAGCCUCCUAGAGACACUGAACAAGAAGAGAACAGAAAAGAAACAGUAGUUGCUAUGGCCUUGUAGGAGCUUUGCUAAAUGCAGAUGCCAGUUUGCAGUACCUAGAAGUACAAAUUUCAGUUGUGGGGUUUUUUAUUAUUUAUGUUUUGCUCACUUUUUUUCCCUGCUGUUAAACUUUUUUUUUUUUUUUUUUUUUUUUUUUCUUUCUCUUUAGACUCCAGGAACACACAGUUCUAGAGCUAACUUGGAGUACAAGCUUCUAGAACAAAUAGCUUCCUAAGUAUUUUCUUAGUGAUUUUGCAUGCUUUCUUUGCUGAGUUGCUGCCUUUUUAAAAAUGUUGAGGCACCGUAACCAAAAUUAGGAGGAAAUUAAUGACUCUGAGGGUGAUUAGACAUUGGCACAAUGUCUAAGAGCAGCUGUAGAUAACCUAGCCCUGGAAGUGUCCAAGGCCAGGUUGGAUGGGUCUUGGAGCAACCUGGGAUAGUGAAAGGUGUCCCUUCCCAUGGCAGGGGCUUGGAAGUGGGGGGAAUUUAAGGUCCCUUCCCACCCAAAUCAUGCUGUGAUUUAUUCUUUGUUGUAAAGAAGAAACUGUGGGUAAAUACAGUAUUUUCUCCUAUAUAUAGAACAUACUAAUUAUGUGAAAAUGGUAAACUGAGGAGAAUAACAAAGUUACCUUCCAGGUUUUCCUGACUACAGCAGUAGUCAAGCCAGGCCUUCUUCAGGGCACAGUACAAUUACUGUUUUUACAUUCAGUUUUUAAUUGAUGUUUUAAUCAUCAACAGUGAUGAUUUUGUUAAAGGGUAAAGGAAUUUUUAAAGUCAUAUGUAUGAUGACAUAUUUCCUUCCUUUACCUGAAAGUAGUUAAAAUUAACUACAGCUGUAAAUCCCCAGAAAUCCCUUAAAUAGGCUGUGCAGCAACUUAGCUUGGGUGUAAGAUACUGAGUAAAUGAGGGUGGCCUGGAGUCCAAAGUACCUCUUGCUAGUCUCCUCUCACUGAGUGAGACUGGCUUGGACUUUGGUGAUCUUUGAAAACCUUCGAGUGAAAUGGAAACAACUUACCUGAGAAAUGAAACUUAAUAGUACCUGUGUACACACAUUAAAGUCUCCCAAAAUAAUUACUGAAUUAAAGAAUCACAGAUUAGGGCCCAGAAGAACCAUUUACACAUAACACUGAUGAGGGUUUUAAAGACAUCAAAGCUUAGUUUGGAUGGAAACUAUCAGCUCUGCUUCCAAUGAAAUACAACUGUCAGGUCAGAUAAUUCUAAUGAUUAUUGCAUAUUUAAUAGUAAUGUUUCAUUACUUAAAGAGCUGUUUCAUUAAACAGCUAAGCACUGGCAGCUAAAGGCAGUAUCUGUUGGCAAGUGUCACUGCCGAGUGAACCUUUCCCCAGAGUGCAGUGGGAUCUGGGAUCAUCCUGCCCCUGUCAGCCGGGCUGGACAGACCUCAGCUCAGCCAUCUGUCCCCUCCCCACUGCUGCCCUGCUCCUGACCACAGCAUCUCGCUCAAAUGUCACUGCACUCAGGCACGUUACUCAAACUCUAACUGUCCAGCAUGAAAACAAACACCUCACAGGCCACAAGGACUUGGAGGAAGUCCAUUUUCAUAGGAAUUUUACACAAGUUGGGUAUCCAGUUUUCAUUAAAAAUACCAAUUCUGACUUAACUCCCUGAAAAGCUCUGUUCUGGAGCACUGUGACUUUUGAUCCAAAUUCUAAAAAUGAAUUGUCAUUUUCCUUCUGCUUCCCUGUUUACCUUGAGCAAGUUACCAAAAAGUUAAAGAGUUUGCUGCUGGAUUUAUACAGUACAGUAGAUUUUGUGAAUAAUAGCAGUAUUCUCUGAUGAAGAAGUGGUAUAUUUUAAUGGAAUUCUUUUUUGGAACCAAGUACAACAUAUUGCAAUUGAUAUUCCUCUUGAAACAUUUUGACGUACUUGUGACUGUAUUUCUUUUUGAUUGUGUAACAGUAUAAAACUCAAUAAAUGAGAGGGUUUGUUUCUAA